CAUUUCUCUACCUGAUUCAACUUUUCUACCUGCUCUCUCUUCACUCACCUUUUUUAUUUUUUACCUUCCCUGCUUCCGGUUUAGAUUUCUCUCCGUUUUCUUCCUUUGCACUGUUCACAUCCUCUUCGAUGCUAUUUUUUCCUUCUGCAUUCCACUUCGUUGCCUCUGAUUCGUCGUCUUUUCGGCUUAAUGUUUCUGUUACUGCUUAAUUAUUCUGGACACUUGUUCUUUCGUGAAAUGUAGGUAAACCAGCAAAUCAUUAAUUAUGCGUAGUGAUCUUAGUAGUUGUUAGUACUGCUUCGAGUAGCGAGGCUGGUUGAAUGAAGGAAACAUUUGCGACACACGUUAUGUACACUUUCUAUUUCUAUAGGUUUCUCGCCAGGGAAUGGAAACACAAUAACUCUUUACGUGAAUAAUUUUUGUGGUGAAGCCUUAUUUGUCAAGGGUGGGAAUUCUCUUAAUUGAUGACAUGGAGCAGUAUGAAAUACUUGAGCAAAUUGGAAAAGGUGCUUUUGGUUCUGCGCUUCUUGUGAGACAUAAGCAUGAAAAGAAAAAAUAUGUGUUGAAGAAGAUUCGCCUUGCUCGUCAAACCGAGCGCUCUCGCAGAUCUGCACAUCUGGAGAUGGAGCUCAUCUCUAAAUUAAGAAACCAAUUCAUUGUGGAGUACAAAGAUUCGUGGGUAGAAAAGGGUUGCUAUGUUUGCAUCAUUAUAGGUUAUUGUGAGGGAGGAGAUAUGGCGGAAGCUAUAAAGAAAGCUAAUGGUGUCCUGUUUUCUGAGGAGAAACUUUGUAAGUGGCUCGUUCAACUUCUUAUGGCUCUUGAAUACUUGCACAUGAACCACAUUCUUCACCGUGAUGUCAAGUGUUCAAAUAUCUUCUUGACAAAAGACCAUGACAUACGGCUCGGUGAUUUUGGACUUGCCAAAAUGUUGACGUCUGAUGAUCUCGCUUCCUCUGUUGUGGGAACUCCUAGCUACAUGUGCCCUGAGCUCCUUGCUGAUAUACCUUAUGGUUCUAAGUCAGAUAUUUGGUCCUUGGGAUGCUGUAUAUAUGAAAUGACAGCGCAUAAGCCUGCAUUCAAAGCAUUUGAUAUACAGGCAUUGAUUAACAAGAUUAAUAAAUCAAUAGUGGCUCCACUGCCUACAAAAUAUUCUAGUUCAUUUCGAGGUCUUGUUAAAAGUAUGCUGCGCAAGAAUCCAGAGCUUAGGCCCAGUGCUACAGAGCUGCUUGGACAUCCACAUCUUCAAUCUUACGUUCUUAAGGUCCAUCUCAAAAUCAAUAGCCCCAGGCGAAACACAUUGCCAGUUCAUUGGCCAGAAUCCAAAUACUUGAAGAAAACUAGAUUUUUGGUGCCAGAAGAUGACCCUGUUUCUCUGUAUAGGGAUAAGCGACAUUCUUUCAGUAAUGAUCGGACUCUAAACCCAAGUGUAUCUGGUGCUGAUCAAGAUUCUGUGUGCUCUACUCUUGAAAUAGAUUGUACUCCUGACCAUUUGAAUCAAAGAUUAGCAGAACUACGUGUUGGAGAUAGCCAUGAAUUGAAAUCAAUCCGGAAGCCUGCUGUUUCCAGAACUUCUAGCAUUACUAAGACUCCAAGAUUCACUUCCUCAAAAGUCGCUGGCACCAACAAGAAAACAAUGAAAUCCUCAAAGAAUCAUAAAGAGAUGCUUCCUUCACACAGUACCACAAAAUCUGCUAAUACUAACCGUAGAGCAUCAUUUCCAUUGCCAACAAAAGGUGGUAUUCGGCAGCCUCCUUGCGGGCCCAAUGCCACUAUGAUUAGUCACGUGUCUUCACCUGAUAUCUCGGUCAAUUCUCCACGAAUCGAUAAGAUGGCUGAAUUCCCAUUAACUUCAUAUGUGGAUUCUUUGUUCCCUAUCAAUAGAACAUCAUCCUUUGUUCAAGGUUCCUCUGGCCUCCCAUCCAGUGGCAACCAUUCCACUGUGAUAGACAAAUGCACGGUAGAGGUACAUGAUAGAGCCUCAAACAGACCUGACUGUACUGAUUCUUGGCAGGGAAUCAAGCAGAGCGUGUUAAAGGAAAUUGAUGAGGAUAAAAGUGGUUCCUCGGAUCAAAAUGCAACAGCAGGAGCUUCAAGCCACACAUCUUCUGACUUGCGCCGUAGACAAUUUGACCCGUCAUCAUUCCAACAAAGGGCUGAAGCUUUAGAAGGGUUGCUUGAAUUUAGUGCAAGAUUGCUACAGCAGGCAAGGUAUGAUGAACUUGGGGUUCUAUUGAAACCAUUUGGGCCUGGAAAGGUUUCCCCAAGGGAAACAGCUAUCUGGUUGAGUAAGAGCUUCAAAGAGAAUACUUUCAACCCAGAAGAAUUCAUGUAAACUGCUAUAAUGUUACCGUAGUCAUUUUUAGAGUUCAGUGUUUCUUCUCACACGAGAGAGUUUAGCCAGAUGAUUUUUUUAGCUUAUCACAUUUUUUUUUUUCAUUCCAAUGAAUAACGAUAACUCAAAUUUUCGAUCUGAUCCAUGAAGCAGAUGGUAGAUAUUUCUUUGGCAGGAAAGGUAGCGAAGGUUGCUGUCUCAAAACCCUUUCCAUUCUUGUAAUUGUUCGUUCAUUUUUCUUUGCUAGAAUAACUAUGCAUCAGUUAAAUGGGGAGCAGAAGGUAUUGGCAUUUGAGUAGAGGCCCUAGUUAUGUAAUCAAGGAAGUGGUAUACUUUGAAAUUUAUCUCUGGUCCUAAUGGCAUCGAAAUGGUUAACAAUACAAAAAACAUUUUGCUGGUGUUACUGUUUAACUAGUUUCCUUGUGGUACUGGGUGUUUUGUAUUUGUACUGCCUGAUAAGUGUAAAUGCAAAGAAGCAUUUAGUAGAAAA